AUAAAAACAUAUCAUGAGGAUAAGAAUUGCCUUGCACUUGAGGGACAGUCUUGACCUAUUAAUGGUUUGGGUGCCUGAUGUGAUUGCAUGAUAGCUGGUGAUGGUGGACCGUGUUGCUCAGAGUGCCUCCUCCCGUAUCCCCGUGCCAGUCAGGGCCACAGGCCACACCUUGGCUAAUAACAAAGUAAAACAACUGACCAAAGAACAACCCAAGCACAUAUUUCAGGAAAAUGGACUGGUGGACACACAUUCCAAGAUUGAAGAGACCAGCUCCAAAGAUAACACCAAGAAAGACAAGGGUUUUGAAACUUUUGUUAUGACGGGUGACAUGAUAAUUCGGACAACACAGAAAACUAGAGACAAGAGCAACAGAAGCACAUCUGAUAGCACGGACACCAGUGAUACAGCUGAUCUGAGUGACAUAGGUAUACACACCAAUGCUGUUUUUAUAGAGGAGAAAGGUGUCCAGGAGUAUACAGAGGGUACUACUCUCAAUAAAGACAAUCAACGGUCAGCCGAAUCUGGGUUUGAGGAUCAGGAUUCGGGGACAUUAGAAAGAGACAGGAGUCAGGCCACUGAACCCAACAGUGUAUCAGACUUGUCUUUAAUCAGUUCUGAGGACUUGACAGAUAUGACGAGGUCACAGUCCUCAGCUGCAAGUACAUCAGUUUCAUCUGUCUCAACGCCUUCUGAUAUCAAGUCAGACAUAUCUGAACAGACAGUUCUACAAUGUAUUGUGGGGAACAAUACCCAUUCUUCAGAUCGACUGAUAUCUCCAGAUACUGAAACAAAUAAAGAUAGCGAUACCUAUAGUUCUAGUGAAGAUGUGAAGGACUAUAAUGAAUCAGAAAAGGACUGCGACUACUCUAAAAUGGUCACCAGUAAAAGUGCCGAAAAGUUUGUACAGGUAAAGGGUAGUAGUCACCAGAGUGUACGGCCCAGUAAAAGUCAAGAGCUUCAGUCUGAAUUCUCUCUAGUAGCCAUAGAUAUUGAGGAAGAUAAUAAGGCAUACUCAUUAGAUCAAAUACCACAACAUGGCACAACUAACUCCACAGCUUCACUGGAAGGAAUCGGGGAGGGAGAUGCAAUGUUAACCUCCAGAAGUCUUGACAGUUCUCCAGAACACAAAGGAGACAAGUGCCAUGACAAAGAGUUCAUACCUGGGUUUAUAACACUAGUGGAUGAGGCACAUAUGAAAAAAGCCAAAACCAAAGAGGACAAUGAUAUGAUUGGUGAUGGUGCUGUAAAUAAUAACUGUCUAGAAGGCUCACAAAAUAAUACGGGAAGUGCUGAGGUAGAUGAUGAAAAGUGUCAGAGAUAUUCAUUAGACCCGUCACUUGAUCCUAAUCUCUUAGACUAUCAACCUCUUGCGAAGGGUGUUGAUCGGCCAUCAGCACAGCGUCUUGCCAAACGACUGUAUAACUUGGAUGGAUUCAAAAAAUCUGAUGUGUCGAGACAUCUUAGUAAGAAAAAUGAUUUUGGUGCAUUAGUAUCUGAAGAGUAUCUCAAGUUUUUUGAUUUUGAGAAGAAUACUCUUGAUAUGGCUCUGAGAAAGUUCCUACGGCAGUUCUCUCUGAUUGGAGAAACACAAGAAAGGGAACGGGUGCUAGCUCACUUCUCCAAACGAUAUAUGGAAAGUAAUCAAGGCAUUUAUAAUUCUGAAGAUGCCUGCCAUACACUUACUUGUGCUAUUAUGUUGCUGAAUACAGAUCUUCAUGGCCAGAGUAUUGGUAGAAAAAUGACAUGUGCAGAGUUUAUCGAAAAUCUGGCAGAGCUCAAUGAUGGUGAAAACUUUCCAAAAGAGCUGCUCAAAAUUAUCUACCAGAAUAUCAAGGCUGAACCAAUAGAGUGGGCAGUUGAUGAUGACCAUGAUGAGGAGCACAGUCAAACGGAGGAUCGCACAGCUACAUCUCUAACGUCAGCAGCACCCAUAGGUUUUAAUCCCUUCCUGGAUGUACCUGACCCAGACAAAGCCACUGAAUAUAAAAAUGGCUAUGUGAUGAGAAAAUGCUGCAUGGAAGCAGACAGGAGAAGAACACCCUUGGGAAAGAGAGGAUGGAAGAUGUACUAUGUCUCUCUGCGUGAUUUGAUAUUCUACCUCUAUAAGGACCAACAUGGGAUGAAGAAAGGACAGCUCAUACAGGGUUCUAACAAUGCAAUACGCAUCCACCACUGCCUCGCCUCUAAGGCUACUGACUACACAAAGAAGCAGCAUGUCUUUAGGCUUCUCACUGCAGAUGGGGCAGAAUAUCUGUUUCAAACCAGUGACAGUCGUGAGCUCCAGGAAUGGAUUGACACCAUCAAUUUUGUGUCGGCCAGCCUUUCGUCCCCUCAACUGCCAGGUGCUGUGGGCUCACAAAAGAAGUUCCAGCGGCCAUUGUUACCAGCUACCUACACCAAAUUUAAUCUUCGUGACCAACUGCAACGCCAUGAAGUCAUGUGUACCCAAGUAGAGAUGGAUCUUCAAGAGCAUCGUCAGUUUCCUCCAGAAAAGGGUGCCAAGGCCCGCCUUAUACAAGACUAUUUGGAGAAGGAAAGCUUUCUGGAGAGUGAGUUGAAGCGGUACAAGACUUACACUUACUUACUCCAGUCCCGUAUGACUACCUACCCAGAGCUGGAGCCUUCCCUGGUAGAGACUGUCAUUGGGGAGGAUGAGGAGAAUGGACAGACAGAUGAGAUGAAAGUCGUACAGAAACGACCGGUGCAACGCUCCCUGUCUGAUAGGAGAGAGGAUAUGUUGACUGUUGGUACCCUUGUCUGAGACAUGGGAAAGUGACCAAGAACAAAGCAAUGACAACUAUAUCCAUACAGAAUCGGCCAUUACACACUUCUGACUCCAUCCACCUUGAGCUUUCAACAUCAUUCAAGUCACAAGAGUGUCAUUGGGGUUAUAUGACUUGUCCUCGGAUAUUUAUCCUUGUACAGCACUUUGUAAUGUUCCAACAUGGAUACGAAUAUCAUCUGUAAUGUAACCUUUGACCUAGAUAUGACUGUUUGACCUUGAAUGUCGUUUAUUUCUCGUCACACUAACCUUUAUUAUUAAUGUGUUGUACAACAAUUCACCAUAAUUUAUAUAAAAUUCAAUAAUCUGGUUGUUGAAUGCAAUAUAUUGUAUAUCAAAUAUUCUAUUUCAUUACCACAUAGGCAUCAUGUCAACCUGACUGUCCAUAUCAGUAAUCAUUAGUAUUGUACAGUAUACAUGUACUACAAAAAAUACUAUGAAAAUGACCUUAAUGGAGUAGUUUCAAUAUAUAUUGAUCAUGCCAUUCAGCUGCUAAAACGAAGAAUCCUCCCUCUCAACAAAGAACAGCAUUGUAAGGUCAUUUCAGAUUUACUGGCAUCCAGGCAAUAGUAAUGUGAAAAAUAGGUUGUGGUCUUGAGCCUCAAUUUGUACUCUUGAGCCUUGUUUUGUACUCAUAAAAUUCAGAUUUAAGAUUUCAAUUAUUGUAUUACUGAUUAUGUAUUAGCUAAUGUAACAUUUUUACAAAACAUUGCAUGUCCAUUCUAGAUCAAUUAUGUUUUCCACCAGUAAUUAAGUUUAAAGCCUGGACCUAAAAUCCAGCAAGUGUUUUCCUCCAGGAUGUUUUAUUUUUUUAUAAUGAUGAUGGGACACUAAAUGGGAAGGUAAAUUGUCCUUUUUACAAUAACAUGAUAUUGAAGUACCAUGCCAUGAAGAUAUUGUGUGAUCAAAAUGACCAGUGUUGUGUUCACUUUUCAAUCCUUCAAUGAUGACAGUUCAUACCAAGAGAAUGACGGAUCCCGCAGAUGACUCAUUUAUACAUUUAACAGUUUGUCAUAAUUGUCAUCACCAAAUUAAAGUUCACCAUUACAGGUCAUUUUGGUCCAUUUAAAGGUCUGCAAUAUUGACUUUUGCAACUUGGUAGAUUUCAGUCCUGCUGUUUGUACUGAUCCCCUGUGGUAUAUAGAUUUGUAAAUAGCAAAGAUGCUUUGAACUCCCAUGAUAUAGUAAGGAUGGGCUGCUGUGCAAUGGAUUGCUAUUAUUUAUGUUUCUAAUUGCAUGUGUACUAAAAACAGUAUUUUCUUUCCCAUUAAUCAUGUAUACAUGCCCCCCCCCCCAAUUAUUUACUCAUCACCAAAGUUGUUUAUACAAGAUAUUGAAUUCAAAAAUUGACAACUCAUUUGUAGAUUCAUACUGAAAUCACAUUCUUUAGAUACCAUUAAUUCUCAUUACUUUUAUAUCAACCAGUGAAAUAGAUAUUAUUGGUUGUUCAAGUUUACAUGCAAUAUAAACAAGCUAUUCUGUAGAUUAAAAAUGAUUAACAGUAGACUUUCUAGUUAACUUCUUUUAUCAUGCGUCUUUAGGAUUAAAAAUAUUCCUGUGGUUUAAGAAAAUUGUAUGGAACAUCUAAUAAAAUUUAUUUUUUACCGCAA